GCGAGACAUUUGCGAGCAGAGUGUCUCCAAGAUGGCCGCUUGGGGAAGGAGGCGUCUUGGCCCGGGCAGCAGUGGCGGCAGCGCCCGAGAGAGGGUGAGCUUGUCGGCCACAGACUGUUACAUCGUGCACGAGAUCUACAAUGGGGAGAACGCCCAAGACCAGUUUGAGUACGAGCUGGAGCAGGCCCUGGAAGCCCAGUACAAGUACAUCGUGAUCGAGCCCACGCGCAUCGGCGACGAGACUGCCCGCUGGAUCACCGUGGGCAACUGCCUGCACAAGACCACCGUGCUGGCGGGCACCGCCUGCCUCUUCACCCCGUUGGCGCUGCCCUUAGAUUACUCCCACUACAUCUCCCUGCCCGCAGGCGUGCUCAGCCUGGCCUGCUGCACCCUUUACGGCAUCUCCUGGCAGUUUGACCCUUGCUGCAAGUACCAAGUGGAGUACGACGCCUAUAAACUGUCCCGCCUGCCCCUGCACACACUCACUUCGUCCACCCCGGUGGUGCUGGUCCGGAAGGACGACCUGCACAGAAAGAGACUGCACAACACGAUAGCACUCGCCGCCCUGGUGUACUGUGUAAAGAAGAUUUACGAACUCUAUGCCGUAUGAUUUCAGUAGAACAGGGAGAGAAGCAAUCGGCCCGGCCCACGAGAGACCACAGAGUGUUCAGAUUUGCCACAGUAACAGGUUUUUGCUCUGUGAGGCGGCGGCGGAGCCUGGGAAGGUGUUUGGUUUAAUAUCUGUUAUUUUAAAAAAAUAACACAGGUCACAGGCGUACCAAGGGUUUUUCAACUCCUUACACUAAGAUGUGGAUUUCCAUAACCCGCAGGGGGUCCGAGCGGUGGAAGUCUGGGAAGACCGGGCGGUGCGCGUUGGCGGCACGGCUGCCGAGGGGAUGUGAAUGCGCUUGCGGGGGGCGGGGGGAGGUCUUUAAGUAUAUUGUUUAACUGUACCAUCCAGAGCCAACCAGAAGCUAUUGACCAUUAAAAUUAUGAGAAUUUCAA